CCAAUAGUCUGAGCAGGCUUCAUAGUGAUGGUCAUGCUCUUUGUGUGUUUGUGUUUGUCCUCUGCAGAACACAGGGGUGGUCGGAGGUUACCGGUGGUCUGUCUGUACAGCAGCAGCUCACAGAGUUGAAGAGGAUCAUGGAGAAUGCACACGCUUUUCUAGACAAGGAGGUGGAGAAGCUCUGGAGGGUUCUCUUCCCUGAUCACCCACAAUGCUCAAAAAGCCAGAGGGAGGAGGAGGAAGAGGUGGUGAAUGGUGAGGAAGAACAGCAUAGGAUGCGCGCCAGAGAGGGAGUGGUGGACAUCACACUGCACUGCAUGAAGCAGUUGAAGCAGGAGAAGCUGGCUGACGCACUGUGGAGCAAAAUAGUUUCUGCUGAUUGCCAACUUAGAACCAAGUCUUAUCUGAAGGAGAAGACCCAGUGUGUGUUUGAGGGAAUCGCUAAAGCAGGACAGUCAAGACCUCUGAAUGAGAUCUACACAGAGCUCUGCAUCACAGAGGGAGGCAUUAGAGAGGUCAACAAGGAGCAUGAGGUCAGAAUGAUUGAAACAGCUUCCAGGAAACCAGCAAAGGAGGAAACGCCCAUUAAAUGUGAAGACAUCUUUAAACCUUUAGCUGGAAAGGAUCAACCAAUCAGGACAAUAAUGACAACUGGAGUGGCAGGCAUUGGUAAAACCCUCCUAUCACACAAGUUCACUCUGGACUGGGCUGAAGGCAAAACCAACCACGACAUAGACUUCAUAUUUCCACUCAGUUUCAGAGAGCUGAAUUUACUGAAAGGUAAAGAGUUCAGCUUGGUGGAACUUCUUCAUCACUUCUUUAAUGAAACCAAAAUAGCAAGAAUCACCAGAUACGACCGGUUCCAAGUUGUCUUCAUCUUGGAUGGUCUGGAUGAGUGUAGACUUCCUCUAGACUUCAAGAUGAACUCAAUCUGGACUGAUGUCACAAAGUCCACCUCGGUGGAUGUGCUUCUGACAAACCUCAUCAACGGCAAUCUGCUUCCUUCCGCUCAAAUCUGGAUAACCACACGCCCUGCGGCAGCCAAUCAGAUCCCUGCUGAGUGUGUUGACAUGGUGACAGAGGUGAGAGGGUUCACCGACCCACAGAAGGAGGAGUAUUUCAGGAGGAGAUUCAGAGAAGAGAAGCUGGCCAGCAAAAUCAUCUGCCACGUCAAGACAUCACGAAGCCUCUACAUCAUGUGUCACAUCCCACUAUUUUGUUGGAUCACUGCUAAUGUUCUGGAGGACUUCUUCGAAACAGCCCAGACAGGAGAAGAGGUGCCCAAGAACGUGACUCAUAUGUACAUCCACUUCCUGAGGUCUCAGUCCAUACAGGGGGACAAGAAAUAUGAUGGGAGAGCUGAUACAGAUUCACACUGUAGUUCAGGGUGCAGGAAGAUCAUUGUUUCUCUGGGAAAACUGUCUUUUAACCAGCUGGAGAAAGGCAACCUGAUCUUCUACGAGGCAGACCUGGCAGAGUGUGGCAUCGAUAUCACAGCAGCCUCAGAGUACACAGGAGUGUUCACCCAGAUCUUUAAAGAGGAGUGUGUGCUAUACCAGGACAAGGUGUUCUGCUUUAUCCAUCUGAGCAUCCAGGAGUUUCUGGCUGCCCUUUAUGUCUUCCUGACCUUCAUCGAGACUGGUGUUAAUCUGCUCUCAAAAGAACCACGAACCUGGUGGUCUUAUUUCUUUGGAAAUAAGUCUGCUCUCCUCUACCAGAGUGCUGUGGACAAGGCCUUACAGAGUGAGAACGGACACCUGGACUUGUUCCUCCGCUUCCUCGUGGGCUUCUCUCUGGAGACCAAUCAGAAUCUCAUACGUGGUCUGCUUGGACAGACAGGAAGUAACUCCUGGACCAAUCAGGGAACAGUGAAAUACAUCAAGAAGAAAAUAAGUGGAGAUCUCUCUCCAGAGCGAAGCAUCAAUCUGUUCCACUGUCUGAAUGAGCUGAACGACCGUUCUCUGGUGGAGGAGAUCCAACAGUACCUGACAUCAGGAAGACUCUCCAGAGAAUCUCUCUCCCCUGCUCAUUGGUCAGCUCUGGUCUUCAUCUUACUGUCAUCAGACGAGGAGCUGGACGUGUUUGACCUGAAGAAAUACUCUGCUUCAGAGGAGGGUCUUCUGAGGCUGCUGCCAGUGGUCAAAGCCUCCAAAACAUCGCUGCUGAGUGGCUGUCAUCUAUCGGAGAGAUGCUGUGAAGCUCUGGCCACAGUUCUCAGAUCCGACUCCUCUUGUCUGAGAGAGCUGGACCUGAGUAACAAUGAUCUGCAGGAUUCAGGAGUAAAGCUGCUCUCUGCUGGACUGGGGAGUCUAAACUGUAGACUGGAAACUCUGAGGUUGUCUGGCUGCCUGGUCACACAGGAAGGCUGUGCUUCCCUGGCCUCAGCUCUGAGCUCCAACCCCUCCCAUCUGAGAGAGCUGGACCUGAGCUACAAUCACCCAGGAGACUCUGCUGGACUGGAGGAUCCACACUGGAGACUGGACACUCUCAGUGUGGAGCACGGUGGAGAGUGGAGGAUGAAACCAGCUCUAAAGAAGUAUGCCUGUGAACUCACACUGAACCCAAACACAGCCCACAGACGACUCUCUCUGACUGAGGACAACAGAAAGGUGACGCGGGUUGAAGAGAAGCAGUCAUAUCAACAUUACCCAGAGAGAUUUGAAUCCCAGUACCAGGUGUUGGGUAUAGAGGGUCUGACUGGCGGCCGCUGUUACUGGGAGGUAGAGAGGAAAGGGGGUGUUUCUAUAGGAGUGACAUACAGAGGAAUCACAAGGAGAGGAAUGGGUGUUGACAGCUGGCUUGGAGGGAACAAUAAGUCCUGGUUUCUUGAUUGUGAUGAUGAUGGUUACUCUGCAUGGCACAAUAAUACAUGUAAAGACAAACGUCUCCCCUCCGCUGGCUCUAACAGAGUAGGAGUGUAUCUUGACCGGCCUGCUGGCACUCUGUCCUUCUACAGAGUGUCCCCAGGUGGAGGAGGGUCCUCAGACACACUGACGCACAUCCACACCUUCCAGUGCACCUUCACCCAGGAGGACCUCCUCCCUGGGUUUGGACUUUUGAGAUCUGGUUCCUCAGUGUCUCUGUGUCAGUUUUAGGCACACACACACACACACACACACACACACACACACACACACACACACACACACACACACACACACACACACACACACACACACACACACACACACACACACACACACACACACACACACACACACACACAAAGACAAAGUAACACAAUCACACACACACACACAAGCACAAA